AUGCCCAAGACCAGCGACCGCCAGAAGGUCAUUGCCGACGUGAUCGACCUCCUCGCCCUUGCAGUCCUCGAAGACGAGCUUGACGAAGACGCUGGGGGCUCCUCUCCGUUUGAUGACUGGACCGAGUGCUUUCCGGUGGAGUCGACGGUAGAUGAGGUGCACGACAUUCUCCUACAGCUACUGUCUCGACGGUAUAUGACUGCAAAAGUUAACAAGCCAAGAAGCCACGAGUUCGCGAGCCAGUACUUCCUAAACCUCGACGAUGAUGACUUUCGACAGCUGACUCGCACUACCAGGGAGUCGUUUGAGUUCAUCUCCAACAAGAUCAAGGACCACCGCGUGUUUCAGAACAUCAGCGACCACCCUCAAGCCCCAAUAUGGCUGCAGCUAGCGGUCGCACUCGAUCGUCUAGGUACGAAUGGAAAUGGGUCGUCCUUGGGCCGUACGACGAAGAUCUGGGGAGUUGGCACGGGUACGCUAGAUCUCUUUACGGAUCGCGUUGUGAUUGCGUUAAUCGACAUGUCCGAUGAAUACAUCAAGCGGCCGAUCCAGACGAGCGAAGCCAAACAGCGCGUCGAAUGA